AUGGGUAGCAUAAAGACCGAAACGUGGGAGCUGGCCGCCGCCAAGAAGCGAGAGUCCCUCGCGGCGUCGCUCCCCUCAGAAUGGCUCAUCCCCAAAAACCUCCUCCCUCCCGAUUCCCAAAACGACGUGACAUCGUGGCCAGAGACUUCGGGCUGGUUCACCGAGAAAGAGCUCGCCAUCACCAAUAGCGACGCCGCUGACCUCAUUCCGAAGCUUGCGUCCGGAGAACUCACGUCGCUAGAGGUCACAAAGGCAUUCUGCAAGCGGGCCGUUGCCGCGCAUCAGUUGACAAACUGCCUCUCAGAAACAUGUUUCGACCGCGCCCUCGCCACAGCAAAAGCCAGAGAUGAGCACCUCGCGCGCACCGGACAGCCCAUCGGCCCCUUGCACGGCCUGCCCAUCUCCCUCAAGGACAACUUCAACCUCAAAGGCCUCGACGCCACCGUCGGCUUCACCUCGCACAUUGGCGACCCCGCCGAGCACGACGCCGCGCUCGCCGCCCUGCUGGAGGAGGCCGGCGCCGUGUUCUACGUAAAGACGAAUGUGCCGACGGCCAUGAUGAUUGCGGAAUCGGUCAAUAACGUCUUUGGCCGCACGGUGAACCCGAGGAACAGGAAGCUCACUAGCGGUGGGAGCUCCGGCGGAGAGUCUGCGCUUAUUGUGAUGAAGGGUAGCCCGCUCGGUAUUGGAACGGAUAUCGGUGGUUCCCUCCGUAUCCCCGCCGCUUGCACAGGCAUCUUCACCCUCCGGCCCUCGUUCGGCCGUUUCCCCACCCUAGGCUGCCGUUCCGGCAUGGGCGGCCAGGAAGCCGUCCAAUCCGUCAACGGACCCAUGACCCGGACCAUCACCGACCUGGAACUCUACAGCAAAACCGUCGUCAACCAAAAGACGUGGCUCCACGACCCCCGCUGCGUCCCGAUCCCGUGGCGCGACGUCCAACUGCCCCCAAAGCUCAAAAUCGCCGUCAUGUGGAACGACGGCAUGGUCAGGCCCACGCCGCCCGUCGCCCGCGCGCUCCAGGCCACCGUCGAGAAGCUCAAGGCCGCCGGGAGCGAUAUCGAGAUUGUCGACUGGGCGCCCGUCGACCACCGGCAGGGGCUGACGCUGCUGGAGCGCCUGUUCGUCGCCGACGGCGGCAUCUCCAUCAAGAAGGAGCUCGAGAAGACGGGGGAGCCCUUCCGGCCCGAGAUGGCGGCGUACGAGACUGCCCAGGAGCUCGGGACGUACGAUAUGUGGCAGUUGCAUCUCGAGCGCACCGCGUUCCAGAAGCGGUAUCUCGACCGCUGGACGGCGGCCGGGAUUGAUGCGAUUCUCUGUCCCACGACGCCGUUUACCAGUGUCAAGAGUGGAACGUUCAAGCAUGUUGGAUACACGGGGGUCUAUAAUAUCCUCGACUAUUCUUGCAUUUCUUUCCCGACUGGCUUGUCAGCAGACCAAAGCUUGGACACGCCUCUCGACCCAUCUACAGAAAAGCCAUUAAGCGCAGACUGUGAAGCCAUUCACGCCGAGUACGACCCUGCAGCGGUACAUGGAAUGCCCAUCAGCCUUCAACUCGUUGCUGGGCGGUUAGAAGAGGAGAAGGCAAUAGCUAUGGUGAAACAUGUUCUUAGCGUCAUCUAG